AUGGCGAUCCAAAAAAAGCACGGCAAAGGCCGUCUUGACAAGUGGUACAAGCUUGCAAAAGAAAAAGGUUACCGUGCCCGUGCUGCAUUCAAGUUGAUUCAAUUGAACAAAAAGUAUGGCUUCUUGGAGAAGAGCAAAGUCCUGCUGGAUCUUUGCGCCGCGCCUGGAUCAUGGUGUCAAGUUGCCGCAGAGGUUAUGCCUGUUAAUAGUUUGAUUGUUGGUGUCGAUUUGGCGCCCAUCAAGCCUAUUCCCAGAGUCAUUACGUUCCAGAGCGAUAUUACUACAGAAAAGUGUCGUGCUACUAUCCGACAACACCUCAAGACAUGGAAAGCGGACACAGUUCUACACGAUGGUGCCCCGAAUGUCGGUACCGCUUGGGCGCAAGACUCUUUCAACCAAGCAGAACUUGCGCUGCAGUCCAUGAAGCUGGCAACCGAGUUUCUAGUGGAGGGAGGCACGUUUGUGACCAAGGUUUUCAGAUCGAAAGAUUAUAACCCAUUGCUAUGGGUUCUGAACCAACUGUUCACAAAGGUCGAAGCCACUAAGCCCCCGUCGUCUCGAAACGUCUCGGCCGAAAUUUUCGUCGUCUGCCGCGGAUACAAAGCGCCAAAGCACAUGGACCCUCGGUUCUUGGAUCCACGAUCCGUUUUUGCAGAGCUAUCCGGCGCAGCUCCGAACAACGAGGCCAAGGUCUAUAACCCAGAGGUGAAGAAGCGAAAGCGUGACGGUUAUGAGGAAGGCGAUUGGACACAAUUUAAGGAAGUAUCUGCAAGCACCUUCAUUCAGACGAACGAUCCAAUCGCAAUUCUUGGUUCCUCCAAUAAACUCUCCUUUACUCAAGCGCCCAAUGGCGAUAUUGCGCUGGCUGCUUUGGAUAAACUUCCUGAAACAACCCCAGAGAUCCGGCAGUGCUGUGACGAUCUGAAGGUCCUUGGGCGAAAAGAAUUCAAAUUGCUUCUGAAAUGGAGAUUAAGAGUUCGAGAGAUCUUCGGCCUCUCAACAAAAAAGUCAACAGCCCCUGAAGUCGCCGAGGAGGUGGCUGGAGUGGAAUCAAUGGAUGAAGAGCUGCGAAUACAGGAAGAAUUACAAGCUAUGAAAGACUCGGAGAAUUCCAAGAAGAAGCGAGAGAAGCGCAAAGAGAACGAGAAAAAGCGCCGAGAAAUCAUCAGGAUGCAGUUAAACAUGAUGGCGCCUAUGGAUAUUGGAAUGGAAGAAUCAGGGCCGCAAGGAGAAGGAGCCAUGUUCUCCUUGAAGCGUAUGGACAAGACAAACGGUAUGAGCCGAUUCACUCGGGGUAAAAUGGCCGUGGUGUCAAACUCGAAAGAUUCCAAUCCAGAAGAGGCGCUGGCAGCUACCGCAGAUCCAGUUGAAAGCGACAGCGAGGAAGAUGAUUUGGAGAAAGAUCUUGAUGCUAUGUAUGAACAAUACAGAGAGCGGAAACUAGAGACGGACACCAAGUAUCGCGCGAAAAAGGUGAGAAAAGAACAUGGUGAUGAUGAGUGGGAAGGCCUUUCAGCGGAUGAGAAGGCGGAGAGUGAAAGCGAACUUGAAGAGGAGGAUGAUUCAUCUGAUGACGACGACGAAUCUGGGCCUGCGACCGGACUCUUGACGGACUUGGAUGGUAGCGCAGAAGAAACACAGGAUGGACUAUCAAAAAGGGCGGCUGCUUUCUUCAACCAAGAUAUCUUCAAGGAGAUAACUGAAGGGUCACUGCUGGGGGAAAAUGAUGCGACAGUUCAAACCUCUGGUACGAAGGCACAUCAGCAGACUCUGCCCACAGAGAAAGCAACGCAGUCUGUAACUCUAAACGGUUUCGCGAGUGACGACGACGAGUCAAUGAAUGACAACGGAUUCGAAGUCGUGAGAGCGGAGAACGAUGACUGGGAAGAAGCAGAUAAACGACGAUCGGACGGAAGACUUGACAUCGAUAUUAUCACAGCUGAAGCAAUGACACUUGCGCAUCAGCUUGCUACGGGACAAAAGACAACUCAUGAUGCUAUCGACGAUGGGUUCAACAAGCGUGCCUUCCGAGAUCGAGAUGGCCUGCCGGAGUGGUUCAAUGAUGAUGAAGGCAAACAUGACAAGCCUCAAAAGCCAAUUACAAAGGCCGCCGCGAUGGCGAUCAAGGAGAAGCUGAGAGCCUUCAACGCCCGACCAAUCAAGAAAGUGCGAGAAGCAAAGGCUCGAAAGAAGUUCAAGACAGCCCAAAGAUUCGAGAAGCUGAAGAAGAAGUCAGACAUGCUUGCGGCUGAUGAAGGCAUGACCGAGAAGGAGAAGGCGGAGAGCAUCUCGAAACUCAUCAGCAAAGCUGGAAAACAAAAGCCUCGACAGCCUGCCAAGCUUGUUGUUGCCAAGGGAUUGAACAGGGGUAUCCAGGGCAGACCCAAGGGUGUAAAAGGACGAUACAGGAUUGUUGAUGCUAGAAUGAAGAAGGAGCUGAGAGCGCAAAAGAGAAUCGCAAAGAGGAAGAAGUAA